AUUUAUCAGCAGCUGACAAUCCCUAAUGACAAUUCCUGGCCUGUCUAGUAAGUCCUAAUGAGUAAAUUAAGGUCAAAUGAGCUAAUGAAGUCCAGUGAGGCCUUAAAAACAAAACUCUACUCAACAGUUAAUUAGCAAUUGAGAUAUAUAUUUCAUUUUAAUAUUUUUUUGCUACUGGGGGUUGAGAGAAUAGCGAGAGAAGAACAUAGCAUAACAUGGGUUCCAUGUAAAAAAUAUAAGGUGAUAUCAAUAAUACAGCAAUAGUAAUGAUAGUAGUGAUAAUUAAAGUAUUAACUGCUAACGUAACAAUAAAACUAAUAGCAGUAUAAGUAAUUUCUAAUUAUAGCAGCAGGAGAGAGAGACGAGAGAGCGCAAUACUAGGGGAAAGGGGAGAUACUGAGUUAGAAAGAUGUAACAUGGGAUGUUGGGAUGAAUCCAUAUUCAGAGAAGAGAGAGAGAGAGAGAGAGAAGCUCAGUGCAUCAUGGGAGAUCUCCCGGCAGUCUAGGCCUAUAGCAGCAUAGCUAAGGGAUGGUUCGAGCCUGAGCCAACCCUAACUAUAAGCUUUAUUAAAAAGGAAAGUUUUGAGCCUACUCUUAAAGGUACAGAAGGUGUCUGCCUCUCGGACCGAAGUUGGGAGAAGGUUCCACAGUAGGAGGAGUCUGAUAGCUGAAGGCUCUGCCUCCCAUUCUACUCUUGGAAACUCUAGGAACCACCAAUAUACCAGCAUUCUGGGAGCGCAAUGUCCUAGUGGGAUUGUAGGGGACUAUGAGAUCUUUAAGGUAAGGUGGAGCCUGACCAUUAAGGGCUUUGUAGGUGAGGAGGAUGAUUUGAUUGGGAGCCAAUGUAGAGAGGAUGUGACUUAAACAGAAACUUGACUGACUAAAUGGUGAUUUAUUCUCUCUGUGUAAUUGCAUUUUUUCCAUUGUUAUUGAGAGAGUUGUAUUAAUUGUAGUCAAAGAGCUGCAUGUUUUAACUGCACUUCCAAACUGCAUACAGGUAAAACUUUGAAGAACCUACUUCAGCUGGUUUGAGGUCAUCUGUCUUUUCAAAAUGGAUGUCAGCAUUGCUGUAUCGCUGAUUCGAGGCCAGAUGGGUGCCGUGGUUGAGCGGGCUGUGAAUGGAGCAGUGGAGACGGUUCUGGCUGAGAUGCUCAAAGUGGUCGGAGUCAAAUUUGAGGAACUGAAAGCUCAAGUGGCGCUGAUGAAGAGGGACAUCACAGCACUGCAGAGGGAGAAAGCCCAGAAAGAGAAGGAGAAUGACAAUAUUCGAGCCAAGCUGCGCUACACCGAGCUGAAGCUGAAGUACUACAGGCAGGGAGUGGAGGAGGAGCUGCAGCAAAGAGCCUCUGCCUCCACUCUGGUCCGCAUCCACCCGUCUGCCUUCUCAACACAGAGAGGUAGUGCACACCUUUCCUCCUCUGAGACCUCACCAUCAUGCUUGACUCAGACCAGGACCACUGAAGGAGCACUGUCGAGAAGCAGUCAAGAAUGCACCUCUCCACAGAGCACAAGUAUGCAUACCAUCAGAGUGCGCUGUCAUUCAGAUGUGAGGGUUGCCAGCUCCGAUUCAUCUGACCUGCUGCUGCCUGUCUCUCUUUCUGUGAACACGCCUGCAGAAUCUCUGGACAGCAGCACAGUUGUGUUCUGUACUACAGAGUGUGACACAGCUGAGAGCAUGGACGCAGUUGUGGCCCCUCCUCCUGUCCAGGCCCUCACUCUGGAUCCAGGGAGGCAGUCAGUGGCUGGUCCAAUGUCCCCAGAUGGUUCCAUCCAGGCUGAUAGCUCCACGCUGCCCUCCUCUGCUCCACAGGUGAAGCAGGAGGCCCAGCAGCAGCAGCAGCAGCUGCAACAGCAGGAAGAGGUGAUCUGUAUCAAGGAGGAGCCCGAAGAAGAGCAAGAGGUGACAGCCACCGUACUGUUGGACUGCCAGGUGCAGCAGGAUCGUGUCUCAGAGUCAGAGGCUCAAAGUUCAGUGACAGAGUGGUCAGGACUUCAAGCAAGCCAGAAAACUCACGCUGCAACCUUCAGCUCAGCUGGACCAGGCACCUACCUGAUGCUUCAGCCAGCUGCCUCCCUGCCACCGAUGGUGGCCUUACCAUCUGGCAUCCCCUCCCGCCAAGCAAUGCGGCCCUGGACUAAAGACCUCAGCCUUUAUGAAGAGUACAAACUGCGCAGGAAUGAGCUCCGCCGGCGAAGUCUCAACAGACGCAGAGAGCUGGAAAAAACGCUGCCUCAGCCACUGCUGGCUGAUCUGGUGCGAGAGCGUCGAGAGAAGACCAGAUUGAGAGUGGCCAGAUGGAGGGCAAAAAGGAAGCUCCAGGCUUGUCUGAACCAGGCUCAGGCUCAAAGUGGCACUACUGGUCUUUCAGAGACUGGCUUUCCAGUCAGCAGCCAGCAUCAGGAGCUCAGAGCAUCUUGUGCCUCCACCUCCAGUAGUCAUCAAAGACAGAGCUCCAUGCUGCCUCAGUCCAGCAGCUUCCUCAACAACAACAUGUUAGCAGCAAACAGCAUCUCUACCACUCUCCCCUUCAUAACCUCCACCCCUUCCUCGUCUCUACUCUGAGAGGCCCCAGCAUGGCUGCACAUCAGCAUACUGUGACAUCAACAUCAUCUUCAUCCUGCCCGCAGGUCAGCCUGUCUCAGCAGAAUAUCUCUUUAACUGAUGCGGACAUCUCGCAGUGCACUGAGAUUUUAAGAAUGUAGUUGGCACUGGAGAGGUGAUGCAGCCCAGUGUUAACCUGAAUGAAAAAUAUUUGUUCACAACCUGUUUUUCAUGACAAAAACAAAUGGUGAUAAAAUUUAUUUCAUUUUCGUCUGUGAAUAAAAGCUAAACUAUAAUGUGAGCAUUUUUAUGCAAAAUAUUCAAGUAACAACAGACAUUAAACCCAGACAACAAACAUUAUUUUAGUGGAUAUGUAGCAAUGAGAAGAGACAGUCUGUUGUAUUACUGCAGAGCAGAAUGAUGUGUCUGAACAAGUAAACAGUGCCUUUUCUGCAAAACUUUAAAAAGAAUAAUUGAUUAAAAAUGUAUGACAAAAAUAAGACCAAAAUGUCUUCAGGUUUUGUUGACUAAAUCAAAACCAGGUGCCAAAAUUAACACCAAUUCAGGCAUGUUUAGUUGUUAGCUAAUUGAGCUUAGUUAAUUUCUUCAUAGUAAAUUAGCCAACGAGCUAAGUUAACUAGCACUUUAUCCUUGAAACUUUUGGCCUGAUUUUGCAGCUAAUUUAUUUGCCUUACAUUGAUCUUCCAUUCACAACAAAAUAAAAGCAUAGCCUAGUACAAUUUUGUUCACUCCUUUACUGAGCAUAGAAGGCAGAUCUUCAUCAGGUCAUCCCUACCCAUACAUUAUGUACAGACAAAAAAAUCAGAGCACCUUAUCAUUGCUGUUAUAUACUUGUAAGAAAUAUUUUACUCUCAUUUUACAUCAGUUACAAAUCCAGUAUCAGUAGGCCAAAAGUUACUGUAAACUCAUACAUAAAAUGUAAUGCAUUCAAAUAAAAACACUUCAGAAUCCAGAAUCUUAAAUAAAUAAAUUUUCCCAUACACAGGAAACAUAAAUUAUUUAAAAUCAGUACUUUGGAUUUCAAUGUAUGUAAGUGUGUACAUGUAUAAACCUUCAGAAGCACUUUGCUGUAUUUCUUGUGUACAUGAUCAUGUUUAAUGCAUUUUACUUUGAAAAUUGUUUGAUUUGACUAAAAUGUACUGCUAUAGGGAGAAUUUAUCUACAUGUUCUUUGAGUGCAUGUGAAACUGUAAGAGAGAAUGACUUGCCAGAAACAUGUCAAGGCUGCUAUCAAGAAAAACGUUUCAUUUUGUAGUUUGGCAAACUCGCAGAGUAAACAGGAGAUUGAGAAUCACCAGAUAAAAAUCAGAAGACUUGAUACCUUGUUAAGCUAUAAUAAAUGCAACUAAAGUAA